UGCAGUUAGACUAGUAGACUAUAAAUUUAUAUCUGUGUUUAUUUUUGAACCUGCCUGAGCACCCAAAGAAAACCAAACAAACUUGCAAAAAAAUCGACCGGCUGUCGAUAUAGGUUAAAGGGAAAAUUCUUAUUGCUGUUACAUUACUAGUACGCUAUAUAACUGAUUUGUGUUAUAUAUUCGUUUGAAUGUACCUAAUACUAUUUUAAUACAAUGGUUGUCCCAAGUCCAUUCGUCUAUUGGGCGCAAACUGAGGACGCAGUUUCAUUGAAAAUUGACUUGAAAAAUGUCGAUCAGCCUAAUGUGAAAGUUCUCGACAGUAAAGUUAUAUUUUCCGCGCAAGGCAUAGGAGCCAGGGGUCAAAGUCAGUAUGAGUUUGCACUAGACCUGUAUUCACCAGUUAAACCGAAUGAUGGUGAUAAUCAGCCGGUGGUGAUGAGAGUGUUUGACAACCGCGUGGAGCUGUCGCUACAGAAGUCGAGUGGUGCGUGGUGGCCGCGACUCACUGCGCAGCCGCAGAAGCCGGCCUGGUUGAAGAUAAACUUCGACCUUUGGAAGUCUGAGGACAUGCAGGACAGCGACGAGGAGACGCGCGACAUCAUGAAGGAUUACCCCGGCAUGUACGACCAGCUCCACAAGGAGGAGCUGGGUUACAGGAGAGAGGAAUUCAAGAAGGUUUACCUAAUACUAUACAACCUGUUCCAAACUAUUGGUUUCGUGUACGUACUAAGCGUAAUGUCCGUGCGUUAUUCUAAACUCGGAUACGACUCUGUCAUAGACACGUACGAACAUGUCGGCUCGGCGAUGAAGUUCUUGCAUCUAAUGCAGAUAUUGGAGAUUUUGCAUCCGAUCUUUGGGUAUACGAAGGGCGGUCCGUUCGUCCCGUUCGCACAGCUGAUCGGGCGGAUAUUCGUGCUGUUCGUGAUGAUAGAGUGCGAGCCUCGGAUGCAGGCGAAACCUGUCGUCUUUUAUCUGUUCGUGGUGUGGAGCACCAUAGAAAUUGUCAGAUACCCAUACUAUAUAUCGCAACUAUACAAGAAAGAGAUCUACUUGCUGACUUGGCUGCGUUACACUCUGUGGAUCCCUUUGUACCCCCUGGGAAUUCUGUGCGAAUCUGUCAUCAUACUACGUAACAUACCAUACUUCGAGGAAACCUCCCGAUUCACCAUAUCCUUGCCUAACGCCUGGAACUUCACAUUCCAUCUACCCACAUAUAUGAGAAUCCACCUUUUGUUCCUGACAAUGCCGGGAAUUUACUUGGUCAUGAGCCACAUGUACAAAUUGAGAGUGAAGAAGUUGAAACCAAAGAUUGUUAUAAGGAAGUCAAAAUAACUGUUGUGUUUAAGUUAGUAAGGAUUGUCUACUAAACUGGGCUGAGUAUAUAACAAAAUUUUUAUAGGUUUCAACUCGUAAAUUCUGUCUUGUUGAAUGAAGUUCCGACCUAAAAUUAUACCAACGAUCUAAUGCGGUAGAUGGUUACAAAUGACUCAUGGAAAAAAGAUUUAAAGUGACUGACGCUAGCCUAAUGCUUAAAAGAAGAAUCCCAAGUUUACAAAUUGCGCGGGAAGAUUGAGGUUGAUAGGUUAGGUUAGCUGCCCCAAGUCAAUAUAGCUGUCAGGAUUCAUUGCUAAUAUAAAAUAAACUAAUUAAAUAAACUUAACUAUUGUACAGUUGCAUUUGGCCUAUCAGUCUUUUCAAGAUUGUCGGUUCUGUCUGUCCCGCAAAGGAUAUAGACGUGUAUAUAUGUAUGUAAGUAUGUAUUAUUGUAAAAAAAAGCGUAGUAAAAAGAUAAUUGAUAUUGACAUAAUGUAAUAAACGCAUUACCAAAGUUGUUAAAACUAAAUUUCUGUAAAUCAAGAACAUACAGACCUCAACCCCGCAAGGGAUAUAGACGUGACUAUAUGUAUGUAUGCAAGAAUAUACCAAAUAUUUUGACAAAAGAUUUGAGAGGCUCACGCUUUUUUUUGUAAAUAUGUUACUGCAUGCUUUUAAAUGACUACUCGUACAUAUACACAGUAAAUAUACACAGUCCGGUUUAGCAGGAAUUAAUGUAUAGAUAGGUACCUAACCUAUAAAAAGUUUUUAGUGUUUUUUUUUUCGGCAAAUUAUUGAAAAGGCAAAUUGGUUGCGGGAUAGUUAUGGUAUUGAUGUCCUUAUGUCCAUGACACUGAUAAUAAUUAAAUUACUGUCCUUAAAAAUGUUUUUGUGAUAAAAAUUUACGAAACCAGUGAAUAUCACCUCUUGUAACACAUAAACCAUGUAUUUCUUAAUUUAUCAUGCUGGUUUGUAAAAUGACUUUAAAUUUACCAAUUUUAUUAAGAAAUUCCAAAAAAAAAAGAUGAUGGAUAUUUGAUAUAUUUGUCAAGGCAAAAUUAUACCAACAUUGACAUAAUAGGUUUGUUUGGCUCGGCUAUUAUUUUCAUAGUAACUUAACUAUUAUAUUUAAGGUUUUACUAUUGAGUCUGAUUGACCAUUUCUUUUUGUAAACGGGAUUAGUGGUGCAAGAAGCUAUCGUUAAUUUAUUUUUAAGAUUGUAUUGAGAGGCUCAAAAAUAAUAAGUACAGUCAACAGUAUAUAAUCCUACCCAAAUUUACUGCAAAUACGCUUCUAUUACCGCGUCAGAGUUCCAUGCAGGUAAGUUAAUAUGCGGUUGACUGUAUAUUCGUUGUUUUUUUCGUGUGCAUUUUUUUAUAUUUUUGUGCAUAUUUUCUUUUUUUGAGACUAAAUCUUUGUUCAACUUUUACCAAAUAUUCAUAUCAUUUUGAUAUUAAAACACUUGAGCGAUUUUUGAAUUUGGUUCACCCAUGUUUUGGUAAAAUUACACAUACUAAUCGAAUCGUAUUUAUGUAGAAAAAUUGUGAUAUAAUUUAAUUUUUGUUAUCGGCACUGAAGCAGGACUACAAAAUUACUCAUUUAUUCUGUGGUGGAAAGUAAUUCAGAAAUAAAGAACUUACAAUACC